ACUGAUACGGGCCUGUUAAUGUGUAUAUAUACCUGUUUACUCAUAUUUUAAAUAUGAAAACUUCGGCAAAUGUAGAAAAUUCAUACUUUGUUCUUAAAUGUCAAUGAAAUAAAAACACGUACAUACUAAUUUUGGCAUGUAACAAAAAAUAUUUCAAACAAACAUAACCUCUAGUAUUUCUAAAACUGUGGAGAUUAGUAUUUUAACAAAGUUUAACAAUGGAUGUACCUUACGGCAAGUUGUUGGUGUAUUUUUUAACAUUCUUGGGUUAUAUUUAUUCUGGUUAUGGUUCCGGUUUUUUAUCAAAUUUGAGAGAAGCUGUAAUAACAGCUGAAACUGUUUUUGGUGAAGUAUUUAAAAAUGUGAUUAAUGUUGCGAACCGAUUUCGGGAAGUUAACGAUAUAUUUGAUGCAGCUGUUGAAGAAGAAUGUAUUUUUAAAUGUCCAAAUAAUGAAGAACCUAAACCUAACCGAUAUCAUUCUCCUACAGCUGACGGUUGUGGUAGUUUAGGUUUGACAAUACCCACGGAAUACUUACCGAUUGGUGAAAUGAAAAAAUGUUGCGAGACACACGAUAUUUGCUACGACACCUGUCGUAAAGACAAAGAAGUGUGCGAUGUGGAAUUCAAGAGAUGCCUUUAUAAAUAUUGCGAGAGCUAUGAUAAGGUACUGGGUGGAUCAACAACAGUUAAAGCUUGCAAAGGUGCUGCGAAGAUGUUGUUCACCGGAACCUUGACGCUUGGAUGCAAGUCUUAUUUGAAUGCUCAAUCGAAGGCUUGUUAUUGUCCUUCAACUGGACGGGAAGAUAAACGAAAAAAAUAUUCCGGAGGAAAUUCGGAACUAUGAAUUAUAAUUAAUUGGUUUUGUUAUUGUUUAAUUUAUUUACUAUGAAAAUCGUUUAUUACACUAUUUACUAUUA